UGAUCGACAGGCGCGGCGGCGAGCCGGAAGGAGAGCGAGUGGCGAGCUCCUGGCGGCGCGGGGCUCCGCGGGGAGGGUGUUGGGGGAGCCGUGGGGCCGUGCCAUGGCUGUGAGCAAGAGGGAAGUAAUACUGCCUCUUCAUUCUCCUGAGAAAGGUGUAUUGCUGGGAUACACUACUUCCUGCUCUGCUCAGGAGGCUUGAAAUACAUCUGGUUCCAAACAGGUGCCCUCAAGAUCCCUUUUUGUGAGAAAUAGUUCGUAGAACAGAAAGGGAGAGAGAUGGGAAAGUAUUCAUAGGGAAAGUACUGAAACGACUCUUUGCUGAAACGUCAUCAUCUUCUGUUGUGCAUACUUCAAGUAGAGAAGAGCAGGCGGUUCUUGGAAACAUGGACUUAAAAUCCAAAGAGAAGGAUUUGGAGAAUGUUCAGACUUUGUCAGCAGAUGCCAGCACAUCAGGUGAUACACACUGCACAUCACUUCAAGGUAGUGACAAUACAAUCCUGCCUCCAAGGAGAAUGUACACAGUGAAUCUUCCUCCUGAGGGUUAUGUUGCAGUUGCUCCAGAUACUGAUAAUGUCUCAAUUUCUGAAAACUCAGAGAGUAGUGCUGACUCAACAGCUGGGAUUGUGAAUGCUCAUUGCUGUGUGCCGAAAGAGAUCAGAGAAGCUGGAGAUACAGAAGUAAUGGGAGACUUCAUUUGCUCCCUUUGCAGACUAGAGGAGGAGUAUCAAGGACAAACCAAGAGAAAGCGCAUUCGAAGGAAGAAACAAAAGAACAAUUUGCAAAACCCUAGCAAUUUACAUGGAGAGCAAACAGAAUCUGGAAUUCAAGAGACUCUUUUGCAAGAUAAUUUACAGCUACAGCAGAUAGACAGUCCCAAAAUAAGCAAAAACAAAAAGAGGAAAAUGAAAAAAAGGCGACAAAAGGAAAAAAUGAGAGCAGCUGGCUUACUAACAAAAACUACUGGUGUGGAUUUUACAUAUCAGCCUGACAAAAACAACAGUGAAGAAGGAGCAGACUUUAAAGACAUAGAUGAAAAGGCAGAUAACAUUCUGGACUUCUUACAGGCAACACAACAAAUUUAUUUUGCUGACAAUAAAUCAGAAUGCACAGAUCCAGCUGUAAAUUCAGCAACUGUCCAAGAGCUUUUACAAUAUCUUGAAUCUCGCAACAUGGCUUCUUCAGAUGUGACUCUUCUACAUGAACUGAAAUCCCUUGUAUUGCUACAGGAUAUUGAGAGAUUGAAGAAUGCUUUGCAACAAUUCCAAGAACAUUCCCUGAUGCCUCCUGGGCUGAAAUUCUACAAAGACUUAGAUAUAAUGGUUAUUCGUCUACGGAGAAUGACACCUGGGUAUAUAAGGUUAUUGCAGACUCAAGCUGCAGGAAAAAUAGUUUUCAACUCAACAGACACACUGCUGCAACGUACAGCCUUGCUACUGGGAAUGUUUGGGAUCAGUAUAUCCAGCUACAGCACACACCAGCUAGCUCAAGAGAAGAGGCUUCCCUUAAGCUGCAUUGGGAUGUGACCCAAGAAAUAAACGCAUAUGUCAGUAGUGCUGAUGAGUGGCUUUUCACUCUCAGUUAUCAGUCUGAAGGUCAUGAGACAGUUUGCAGUCCUGAUUUCCACAUGCAAACUUGAAAAAAUUGAAGAAUCACAGAUUUCUUUGAGAAAGAAAAAAGAAUAAUGACUAACAGAGGCAUUAGAUUUCCAAGUAAGAUGAAUUGUCUGUAAACACAGAUUUCUUUCAUUAUCCAGUGUAUACAUAGAGAGAUUUAAAGGUAUAAAGUAUAGUUAAAAUCAGAGUAGGUAUAAGGAUAUUGGUGGGGGUACCAUGCUCAGUUAAGGCCACCUUGUUACAGCUUUUGCAAAUAGACUCUUAUACAAAGACUUGUUUUGAAAAGGAAAGUUGGAAGCAGUAUAUUCUUCAUGACAAGUGUUAGAGCAAAUAAUGCAUCUCUGUCUUAGUACUGUUAUAUCUCUAGAUACAUAAAUUUGUUUGUAUUACAGGAUUUGUGCAUUCUGUCUUUUAGUGUUGAGUCUUAAACAUUUCAUGCCUUUUGUGUAGAAAUGUUCAUGCAUUGUAGCAUAAUCUUACAUCCUUAUAUAACAGCAGAAAUGGCUGGAGACUACACCCUAAGUAUGUUGUUGGAAAGGAGCCUUGACACCAAACCAGAUACCUUGGCGUUCUGUACAGAAACUCUCUACUCUGGAAAGAACCAGUAAAAAUAUUGGAUGUUUUUUUGUUGCGGAGUUCAACAUCUGUUCACAUUUCUCUGCAAAACUCACUCAUCCCAUAACACACAUUCUGAUUAAAAUAAAAAAAGAGAUUGACCUUUUUUCUCUCCUUUCCCCUUGUUUUCUUGUUUUUCUCACUGAAUGUAAUAGUUUAUUCAGGAAUGUUCUGUUUCAGUUAGCAUUUUUCAAAUUGUUUCUGAGGUUUUGUGUAAACACGGCUUUAUAGCUCUUCUGUAUGUAUAAGUUAGUAUUUAAAUUCCUUUGUUCUCGGUUAAUAAACACAAAUACUGUUUUUGUUU